AUGGCCGGCGGCAAAACCCUCAAAGAAUCCGCGGCCUCUAACCCCACAGCCCUGGGUGACCCUGUCUCGCUAAAGGCCGAGAAAUCCGACACCUCGCCCACGGAACAGGACCGGCCGAACAAGAGUCCCGAGGCGAAGAUCGAACAGGACAAGCCGAAUCAAAGUGCCCAGAACCCAGCGCUUCAGGGUGGCGUGAACGGCGUCAAACAACUCGCGCCCACGGAGCAAGACAUUAAUCAGAGCACGCAGAAUCCCACGCUACAGCCGUCGGGUAAGCACAGUGCGAGUUUGAAGGAGCUUGCGCAGAAGGAUCUGGGACAGGCGGAGAAGGGGAACCGCUCGAUGAUCGGGGAUCCAGUCAGUUUGAAGGCCGAGACGAGCGAUACGGAUCCAGUAAAGGAUGGCGCCGAGGAGGAGGAUGGGACUGGACGGGGUGGGAAGACAGGCAAGGGUAGAGAUUCGAAGCUCUAG